UUUACCUAAGUUAUCACAACGACACGAUUAUACAUUAUCGUUCUAAAGCUUAUCAAGACUUACAAUAUUAAAUAAACUGUCUAGUGUAUAGACAUAAUUUUUAACAUAGUAAACACUUACGGAAAUUAUGUCUAAAAAUUUAGUACAAUGCCAACAACAUCCAGAUGCACCAUUGAUUGAAGACUAUAGAGCAGGUGAUCAAAUCUGUUCUGAAUGUGGACUUGUAGUAGGAGAUCGUGUAAUAGAUGUUGGUUCAGAGUGGCGUACAUUCAGCAAUGAUAAAAACAGUAAUGGUGCAGAUCCCUCCCGUGUUGGUGCUGCAGAGAAUCCAUUACUUAAUGGAUCAGACUUAUCAACAUUGGUUGGGCCUUCAAGAGGAGAUGCUUCAUUUGAUGAAUUUGGAGGAAUGAAAUAUAAAAAUAAAGGAAUGGUGUGCUCUACAAAUCGUUCUUUAUUAAAUGCUUACAGAGAAAUUGGUUUGAUGGCUGAUCGUAUUAAUUUACCACGUAAUAUUGUAGACAGAGCAAAUGUACUUUUUAAACAAGUACAUGAUGGAAAAAAUUUAAAAGGCCGAUCCAAUGAUGCUAUAGCAUCUGCAAGUUUAUAUAUUGCAUGUAGACAAGAAGGAGUACCACGUACAUUUAAAGAAAUUUGUGCAGUUAGUAAGGUUAGCAAAAAAGAAAUUGGACGUGUAUUUAAAUUAAUUUUGAAAGCAUUAGAAACAAGUGUUGAUUUAAUUACAACAGGUGAUUUCAUGUCUAGAUUUUGCUGUAAUUUAGGUCUACCCAAUAUGGUUCAAAGGGCUGCUACACAUAUUGCUAAAAAAGCAGUUGAGUAUGAUAUUGUUCCUGGUCGAUCACCUAUAUCAGUUGCUGCAGCUGCUAUUUUCAUUGCAUCUCAAGCAUCAGAUGAAAAACGUACUCAAAAAGAAAUUGGUGAUAUUGCCGGCGUUGCCGAAGUGACUAUUAAACAAUCAUAUAAGUUGAUUUUAGCAAAUGCAUCCCUGUUAUUUCCUGAAGACUUCAAGUUUGUAACACCAAUAGCAGAUCUCCCUCAAUCCUAAGUAUUUGUAUAUUUUUUGUUUUAUUAUUUACAGCCAAACAUUCAUUUAUUACCAUCCAAAUUGAAGAUGAAUUUUUUUGUCUUUUUUAGUUUAUUUAUUGCAAUUAAAAAUUAACUUAAUUUUUACUUAUGAUAUUAGUUUAAGUAUUUUUAUUGUAAUAAAUAAGUUUGAAGACAUUUAUUUUUAUAAAUCCUAUGUACAAUUUAGUAAAAAUAAACAAUUAUUAUAAUAUA